AUGGCAAAAUCAUAUUUUAAGAGUGAAUUUCACAUGUUAAUGGAGAAAGUGGAGGCAGUUGAUGCUAGAGUGAAGAAUUAUUUGGAAUUGGCUAGUUACGAUAAAGAACUACCAAUAUAUGAUUUUCUGGAGGAAGUUAGAUUGAUGUUUGGAAGAUGGAACUGUGAAAACAGACAGCAGGCGUUGUAUACUUUUACGGAUCUUAUUGGUAAAUUUCAAGAAAUUCUUCAGCAGAAUGAAGCGGAGUGUACACUUCUUGAUAACAAGAAUUUCAAGAAGAGGCCAUAUUACUCUGAUCUAUACAAGCCAAAAAUCGUCCUAAGAAUAUAUGAUCUUCCAAUUUAUCCACUACCACACAAAGAUGACUGGGUGAUUCCGAAGGAAAUUAUGGAUGAGAUUGUUCUGCCGCCAAAAUACAAGCGACCCCCUGGAAGACCUCCGAAGAAGGACCGUGGAAAAUCCGAACGAGAUAUGUUUGGAAAGAAGAGCAAAAAUUGUUGUAGUUCAUGUGGUUUAAAAGGUCACAAUAGGCGUUCAUGUAGGAAAUACAAUAAACGAUAA